AUUAACUAACAACAAAGCUCGACGAGAACGCGACGACGGAAUCUUUCGCUACGAUAACGGCAAUACUUCAGGCCUCGAACCGGGCCUGAACAACGAUACCUACCACCACCAUCAUACAGCACAACUAGAGUUCUUUGUUGCCCCCUCAGAUUCAUCCCACCCGCACCAGCAGCACAACGCCACGCCCCAAUGGCCUCCUCCAUCGCGGUCGUCGUCCGCGUGCGCCCGUUCAGCAUCCGUGAAGCUGCCCAGCUGACACGACCCGACGAUGCACCGACGUUUUUCGGCGACGGAUCACUAGCCAGCUUCCCGAAGCCGACGCUGUCGGCGAAGGGAGUGCGGCGCGUGGUAAAAGUGGUCGAUGAGCGGAUGCUGAUCUUCGACCCGGCGGAAGAGAACCCGAUGGCGCGGUACCAGAAGACGAUCCUGCCGCAGGGCAAGCGGGUCAAGGACAUGCGGUUCGGCUUCGAUCGGGUAUUUGACGAGACGUGCACGCAGCAGGACGUGUACGAGUCCACGACGAAAUCGCUGCUGGACAGUGUGCUCGACGGGUUCAACGCGACGGUGUUUGCCUACGGCGCCACCGGCUGCGGGAAAACGCACACCAUCAGCGGGAACCCGCAGCAUCCCGGAAUCAUCUUCCUCACGUGCGCGGAGCUGUUCGAACGCAUCGAUGCUCUGGUUGACGAGAAGGAGAUCCAGCUCACGCUGUCGUACCUCGAGAUCUACAAUGAGACCAUCCGGGACUUGUUGGUGCCUGGGGGGAGCAAGCUCGGACUACAGCUGCGGGAGGAUACCAAUGCGAACAUCAGUGUGUCUGGGCUGUCGACGCACGCGCCGCGGACGGUGGAGGAGGUGAUGGACAUGAUCGUGCUGGGAAACUCGAACCGGACACAGUCGCCGACGGAAGCCAAUGCGACUUCGUCGCGGUCGCAUGCCGUUCUGCAGAUCAAUGUUACGCAGAAGCCACGGACGGCCGGGUUGUCGGAGAACCAUAUGGCUUCGACGCUGUCGAUUAUCGAUCUUGCGGGCAGCGAGCGGGCGUCGGUGACAAAGAACCGGGGUGACCGGUUGCUGGAGGGCGCGAAUAUCAACAGAUCACUCCUGGCGCUCGGCAACUGUAUCAACUCGCUCUGCGACCCGGUCCGGAAGAACCACGUCCCGUACCGAGACUCGAAGCUCACGCGGCUGCUCAAGUUCUCGCUCGGCGGAAACUGCAAGACGGUCAUGAUCGUGUGCGUCAGCCCGUCGAGCCAGCACUACGACGAGACUCACAACACGCUCAAGUACGCGAACCGCGCGAAAAACAUCAAGACCAAGGUCUCGCGGAACAUCAUCAAUGUCAACCGCCACGUCAGCGAGUACGUCAAGGCCAUCUACAACCUGCGGCAGGAGGUGGAUUCGCUCAAGACCCGCCUGAAGGAUGCCACGGUCGAGGCCGGCACUCAGCUCAACAAGCAGCGCGUCGCAAAGGACGCUUCCAUCAAGGAGGGUCUGAAGCGGCUGCGCGCGGCGCACGAGGGGUCGAAAGCGGCACGGGAUGAUAGAGUGCAGCUGCUGCAGGGCCUGAGGAUACUGGAACGCCGCAUAUCGCUGGUCAACUCGUGGUUGUCGGCGUUCGACGAGGUGUUUGAGGCGCGAGAGCAGGAUGCCCCCCCGCCCGCGGCUCUGUUCAAGAUGAGGGCCGAGGCGGAGAAGGUGCUCAAGGACCUGCAGCAGAACGAGCGCAUGGUCAGGCAGCGGCUCAAUGUUUCGAGCUGGGAGAAGGCGCUCGACUCGGCACUGCAGAACAGUCUUAGGAACCUCCAGUCGAUCGACGGCGUGGCCGAGUCGGAUCUGGCGGUGUUGGAGACCGAGGCGAAGGUGCUGAAUAUCACGGCCGAGAGGGAUAUGCUCCAGGCUAUGAAUAAUACCGAAAUCGAUAUGACCGAGUCGGUCAACAGUCUGGUCAAGGCGCACUGCGAAACGUAUGCCAUUAUCAACAGGAUCAUGGAGGAUAGGAUUCCCGAUGAGGAGGCGCUGGAGCGAGCUAGGAAAUCGCUAUUCCAGGUGCAGCAGGGGUCCGGAGAUGCGUUAUCAGUCGUCAUCAAGCCGUCUGGUGAACUGGUGUCGACCGCUGUGUAUCAGCCUCCGUCCUUGAUGUCCCCCAAGAAGAAGAGGCAGAGCUACCUGGCGUCGCCCGUUAAGGUACCCAACUAUGGGUUUUCGAUGAUUCCGCCGCCGCAGACAUCUCCCGUCAGAUCGUCGCCGAGACAGCAUAUCAAGCACAAGUCGCCGAAGAAGGGAGUUACUUUCAACAAGAAGCUCGCCGAGAAGAAGAGAGUCAGGUGGAAUGAGGAACUCGAGGACCCAGUCUCAGAAGACAGCAAGCGCUCUCGCUUCCUCGCGAACGACCACUACUUUGGUCCGCUCGACGAGGAAGGAGACGAAAUGCCGCCCCCACCCCCACGACCGGCGUUCAGUUCACGUGCCCGCUCACCCCCGCCACCCUCGUCGUACGAGCUUGAUCCCGAGCCCGUAUUCGCCGCACCGCACCCGCAGGGAGUGAUGGCACCGCCUAUCCGCCCCAAGGCCGGCAACAGUCUCGUGGGUAAGAGCCUUGCAGCCGCGCCAAAGCCCCGCGAACCCUCCCCGCCAAUGGAAGACUACAGCCUCGCCGACGGCGCCGACGACGGCCUGAACCCGUACGACACGGUCGACCAGGUAAUCAAUCGUCUCAAGGGCGACGGCGGCAGCAGCGGCUACUCCUCGUCAGAAGAGCCCAACAAGCCGUGGCGGCCCAGCGUCGGUCCCACGCGCGGCGCACUGCGCAAGAGCCUCGCCACGCACGGUCCCAUCCGCCCGGCCACCAAACGCCGCAGCCCCACCAGCUCCUCGCAGACCUCGCCGGAGGGGGGCGCCGGCCAGUUCAAGACCGGCUUCAAUAAGCGCCUCCCGAAUAAGGGCGGCGAGAAGGAAAACGCUCCCAACGGCGGUGUCCCCAGCGUCCUAUCGCCGCAUAGCACGCGCGUUAAGGCCGGUGCUAGGAGGUUGACCGUUUCGUCUGUAAGUGGAGGUGGGCUGCAGCUUAGCGCACUUGCGGCGACCGCGCUGCAACAUACCAGUCUGGGCAGACAGUCGAUUGCGCCUAAUGCGAGCUCCUCGGCUGCCGAUAGGAAGGCUAUGCCCCCGCCGCCGCCGCCGGUGAGGAGAUAGGCUUAGCCUCUUUCUCUGUCUCUCUCUGUGUGUGUGUGCUGUGUGGGUGGUGGG